AUGUUACAGAAAGACCAUGACGACUCUUCUUCCAUUCCAACUACUCAGGUACUCAGCUCUUCUCCAGCACCAGCGCCGCUACCACGGGGAUUGUUGGUAGAUACGCCGGAGGUCGGAGGCGGAACGAGGUUCUCGCUAGUUGAUACGCCUUUCCGAAUGAGUGGGAAUACAACCUUUAGUCAUGAUCGCACGGGGAGUUUGCGAUUGGAUCUUGGGUAUUCUCAGAUAGACAUCGGGGAGACGCAGGUUGAUGGGCCAGAGGUAUUUGCCGCCUAUGAGGAAGAGGAGGCGGAGAGGGCAGAAGUUCUUGUUGCGAAGAGUCCCGAGCCAAUGGCGAAGUGUGAUGAUUCUAGGGAGGAGGAGGAAGGGGAAACACAGUUGGAUGAUGACCCGGAUUUGAGAACUACUUAUUUCCCAGAGAAUAGCAGGUUCGAUACUCCUCGACAUCCGAAUGGUAAUAAUUCUUCGUCGUCGCCGGCCAAGAAGACUACGCCCACGCCAGGACCUGGGUACAACCCGCUCGCACGUGUCGGAUUUGGAGCUUGUGGCGAGCAGGUUGGAGCAAGUGGAGGACCAGGAAGGAGGUUGCAUACCGGGUUGAGCUUAUCCCAAAUGUUUGAGACCACUUCUUCUCCCGUGAGGCCGCCAACCGGUGGAGCGUCACUUCCACCAACACCAUCGAAGGCGCAAUUGGAGAAGGUCAUGGCCGACUCCAUGUCUAGGUUAUCAUCCUACUCGACACGUCCUCGGAAUCAACCUCCCCAUGUGCAGCAGCGAGCAACUACUACGGUUAGGGAAUCGAGAUCGUCGAAAGGCCAACCGAACCCCGCGGAGGUCUAUGUGUCUAUGCAAGAAUCACAGGAGGCGAGGGAAGAGAGCGCUAGGAAGAGGCAUGCAAGAGUAAGCCGGGUGACUGGGAGGAAGGGGGGUGGAGGAGGGGGGUCUAGUUCCCUUGUGUUCAAUUCAUCGUCGCCGGUCACCCAGGGAUACACGCAGCCCGAUCCAGAGAAGGGGAAGGUGGAUGAGUCUGAUGAUGGUAUGAUUUCUUAUGAGGAUGAGAGGAAGAGGAAGGUUGCUGUAGCACGGAAGAAGGGGGUGGAGGAGGUCAAGAAGGUGGCGUCGUCGGCUAAGACUUCGAAGAGCAGUUCUUUGGAGAGGCGAUCCAAGCUUCGGCGGGAGAUAUCAGGGGAGACGGACAGGAGGCGGGCGGAGAUACUUGUCAGAGAGCGGGAGUUUGGGGAGGGUUCCCCCACAGACCCUGAUGACGAAACGGGUGAUGAGGAAGAGGGGAGGAUUGUGCCGCCGCUGCUACGGCAGAAUAGCAGAAGGAAGAGUGUGAGCCCUGAGCAGGAUCCACGCUUGUCAAUGGGGUCUAGGAGAUCCUCGGUGCCACCCAAACCUACCGGGUCACUACCUAAUACCCAUAUCGCGGCAACCUCUUCACCGGGGGCGUCGCUAGAUCUUCCGACGCCAACUGUACUCCAAACCCAACUGGAUCCUGUACCCGAUUGGGAGAGCAUUCACAACGUAGAGCCAUUACGAGCAGCUAGGCGAACAAAGUCUACCACUUCAAUCACUUCUCAGCAACCCUCCGCGGAUAUGCCUCCUUUCCGACAUCAAACAGUGCUCCCUUCGACUAUUGCAGAUUCCCAACCUGCCCCAGGCUUGAGUCGACAAGAAACCAGCAUGGUCAAAACCUCACUGAAAAACCUCCCACCUUUCAACAUUCCGUCACCGGACACUGCACCGGCAAAGCGGGGUGCUGCUGCAAAACCUGGACCAGAACUGGUGCCGGAAACAUCAAACCUCGAAGAACCUAGUAGUGGGUUGCCAUUGCCCACGAGUAGUUUAACCCCUCUCCCUUCUACACUUUCAAGUCCAGCCGUCGGCAUCCAACGAAGCUCGCCGCCUAUCGCCCUAAAAACACCAUAUCCGUCACGUGCCAGCGAAUUGAGAAGAAUGAAGCAAGGUGCUACGACGAUCCCGGAGACCAGUCCAUGGGAUAGGGACGGCAUGCUAUCUCCCAUGCCACCAAAUGCCUCACAGUCUGCACCACCGAAUAGCCUUGGCUUCCAUACCUCUCGGGAGAAUAUGAGGAAGUCUAUGCAGGAAUCCCCAGUCCGGGGGAAGCGGAAACGGAGUUCGGCUGAGAGACAGGGACGGAGUGUGGAUUGGGGGAGCGAUGCUAUACCAAACUCUCCAUCGGAAGGCGGUAAAAGUCUUGGCAAUACCGCCAUGAAGAGCUUUGCAGCAUUGGAGAACAGCAGCUCUUUACUUAGCAGCCGGCCCGAGCCAGACGAUCUCGACAUGGUUGAUUUAGUGGCGGGUCUAGGCAGUGAUGUUGCUCAGGACGUGGCGCCAGCGCAAGGAGAAUCUGCGACGGAGCCCCCACCUCACAAGCGGGCUAGGGCUUCCGUAGGUGGAGAUAACGAAGUCACUCCUAAAGCCUCAGAGUCCAGGCGGAAAAAAACUGCUAGCAGCGCCAAGGGAAAGCCACAGCCUACGAAAUCUGCCAAGUCUGCCACCGCCGAUACGACGAAGAGAGGCAAAGCGCCACGAAAGUCUACUGGGAGAGUAUCAAACAGUAAGCCGCGCACAACAGCGAGGAAGACUAGGUCUUCGACAUCUCUAAGGGGCUCCGUGGUGGGAGCGGCGGCGGACUCUCCGAUACCGAUGGCCGCACCGGAAUUGGAGGACGAGCUUGAGAGUAAUAAUCCUGUGUUUUCGGUUGCUAGUUGUGUGGCGCCAAUAGUAGACUCGAGUCUGGUUUCACCAGAAAGGGUGUUUGCUCUGUUUAAAGACGUCAAGAUGUGUUAUCACCCUGCAACAGUGUUAAGUACUGAUUCAAAAGGUUUUAUCAAAGUAGUAUUUGAUGAUGGCACUGAGGACGUUCUUGAUAAGGAAGUCCGAAGCCUAGAUCUCCGAAUUGGGGAUAUGGUAAAGGUGGACCAACCAUCAAUGAAGAAAGCCGUCUGGAUAAUUGUAGGUCUGAAAAAGCCCGUUGGAGAGCCCGAUACACACGAGCGUGUCGGCGGCCGAAGUCUCACAGACAUAAGAGGUCAUGCAAUAGUCACAGUCAAGCCCAGGAUAACACCAGCUUCAAAUAGCAUGGCCGAGGACGAAGUCCUCGAGGUCCCCUUGACGAGAAUCUACCUAAACCGAACACUCUGGGCGCAAUUCUCCAAGCGUCCAUAUAAUGACAUACCUCACCGUAGCCAAAUCCUCCCACUAAGAAUCUCGACACCGUCUACCACCGAUCCCACCACCGACGGGGUCAACCAAGCAAGUACCACCACCCCAAACACCCCAUCCCGGAACCGCCGAACAACCCCUAUCACCACCACAACCUCUGCCAAACCGACCGGGGGCCUAUUCUUCAACAUGCUCUUCGCUCUAAGCUUCGGCGAGAACGAAUCCGAGAAACGCACCGUCUCGCAUAGGAUCACUAGCAACGGUGGUCGCCUCGUAGACAACGACUUUGAAGACCUCUUCCACCAAGAAACCCCCGCCACCGCCGGCCUAACACCGAGGACAGAAUCGGCAUAUGUUGGCUUCACCUGCGUGAUAGCGAACAAGCACUCUCGCCGCGUAAAGUUCUUACAAGCCCUCGCCCUAGGAAUUCCGUGCCUCGCGCCGCGGUGGGUCGAGGACUGCGUGAGGGCACGGCGAUUGCUAGACUGGGAUACCUAUCUAUUACCCGCGGGCGAGAGUGCGUACCUUGCUGGUGCAGUCAGGUCUAGAGUUAUGGAGUACGUGUCUGCUCGCGAGGCGAGGUUCUUGGGCAUGGUGGGGGCGAGGAGGAGGUUGCUACCUGGUGGGUUGGUGGUUGUGGUUAUGGGGAAGGGAGGUGCGGGGCUUGGGCGGUGGAAGCCGUAUUUAUUCCUUGCGUACGCCAUGGGUGCGGGAAAAGUUCUCACCGUGCAGACCGUGGAGGCUGCGCUUGAUGCACUCUCUCGGAAGCAAGACGGCGGACUUGACAAAGAGGAGGCGGAGAAACUGGAGGAGAAAGAAGAGGGCGGCGGUGGCGGGUGCAGGCUUGUAUAUGUCGACGCGAGAGAGAGGAAGCAUGCCGAAAGGCUACUACACCGGUCCGGAAGGAAUGUUAGGGUUGUCGAUGACGAGUGGGUUAUUCAGAGCUUGAUUUUGGGAAAGCUGAUUGCCGGGGAGCAAAUAAUUUUUAAUUGAUUAUACAUGUACAUAUA